AUGACGGGCCUCUGGGUAAGUGAAACAUUUUAUAGAGAUACGGAGAAAAUAGGAGUCAGAAAAGAAGCAAAGACCAUAGCUGAUUACAUUCACAAUUUUAAACUGGAUAAUGAACCACAGGAACAUGCAUUUCACCCAAGUUUUUCGAUAGAUGAACUCUUCAAUAUGAAUGACAGCACAAUACCAAACGGGUAUUGCAUUUUUACGGACGGGUCAAAGUCAGAAACAGGAGUGGGCAGUUCAAUUGUAGUGAAAAAUAACGACAAAAACAUCUAUCAAGCCAGAUUCAAACUAGAGAACCAUUGCACAGCAAAUCAAGCGGAAUCAUUUGCAAUAUUUAGGGCUCUUAAAUGGAUUAAUGAAAACAGACAGAAAUAUAACAUCACCAGGGUCACGAUUCUCAGUGACAGCAGAGUGGCACUACUUCAGAUUAAAAAGUUGAACAUCAAACUGGUUGUGGUAAGGGAAAGCAUCAACAUUCUUAAACAACUUAAACGGAAAAUAACUAUUAAUCUAAAUUGGAUAAAAGGACAUGCAAACAUACAAGGAAACGAAAGGGCGGACCUUCUGGCCCGCACUGCCACCAAAGGAACAAACAUCUGCUAUUAUAACUACACUCCUGUCACCUGGUUAAAAAAGAAAAUUAGGGAACACAUCUGGUAUAGAUGGCAGAAAAGGUGGGAUGAGGGUACCACAGGAAGAAUAACACAUGACUACAUUCCAGAUGUACAACACCGAAAUAAAAACAGAUUUUUCUUGCCUAACUUCAACACUACACAACUGUUGACAGGACAUGGCAACUUCAGAAAUUACCUAAAAAGGUUUCUGAAGAAGACAGACGGUAUAUGUCAAUGUCUCUUACAGGAAGCAGACACACCAGAACACAUCAUUUAUCUUUGUCCAAACUUCAGGAAUCAAAGGAAAACAUUAAUAGACAGGGUUAACGAAGAAAACGAACUUUGGCCAUGCCAACUUAAAAGCUUUAUUAAUAAUAAGAAAUUAUAUAAAGCAUUCAAUGACUUUGCUAAAAGCAUCAACAUACUUAACUGA